AUGAGCGGCAAUACCUCACCACCGGUCACGCCGGACGAGUUCAACGAUGCAACUACACCGGGUUCCGAGACCGCAUCCGAUCGUAGCACGCCUCUCGACGAGGGCAUUCCAGAUAGCCCCAGCGAGUCUCACAAGCGAGUUCCUUCGCUUCCACCAUUGUCCGACCCACACAACAUGAACCCCAACUCAACUCCGUUGGGGAUAUUGGGUGCUGCUAGGAAGCCCGUCACGAGGCAGCAGUCUUCGUUUGCCGGCGGCGCUGGCCUAGAUAACAGUGCCAUGGCCAAGGCGAGAGCCUUACACCAACAGCGCAUGCAGAAGGGCUCUGCAGGCUCAGGGUCGCCGUCUGGUCCGUCGCCCACUGGAGGGCCAAAUGGGUUUCCUGGAAAACUCCAGAUGCCUGGUGGCAUAGCUGGCGGCAUGGCGGGUGGCAUGUCACGACCAGGUCCUGCCGCAGGAGCACAUCCCCAAUCGGCCCCCGUCUUGCCAAAGACCUCGCUCGGGGACAGGAGAGCCAAAGCCAUGGGAGGUGGCAUGAAAUUGUCGGACAUGAAUGGCGGCGGUGAUGGUGGUGCCGGUGGCUCUCCAUCCUCUGGUCGGAUGCGCCGUCCCAACGCGCCGUCAUUAUCAAGCAUGGGCGGCAGCCCAGAUCCAGCAGAGCAGAAUAAGCAGACCUCCAAGCUGGACGAUUUCAAAAAGUUCAUCGACGCGGACAAGGGCUGGAUCACCUUCGACGGCGCUGCCACCAUUACCCGCGAAGGUGUGAACUUUGCCAGCGGACAGACGUUCAAGAUCUCUCUCGACGAGGUUGAAAUUGUGAGCGAGCUUGGCAAGGGAAACUACGGAACAGUAUAUUUGGCACGGCACGCGAAGCCACGAGUGCCACGCUUCGGCCACGGUCUCUCAGGGGCGAAGCCUCCGAUGCCGCACACCGUUUCCGACACCGUGAUCCACCCUAAGGACGAUGGGACAACCGGACUGCCCAUGGCAAUGAAGGAAACUCGGCUCGAGUUGGACGAUGCGAAAUUCACGACGAUCCUCAAGGAAUUGGUCAUUUUGCACGAAUGUGUGUCCCCCUACAUCAUCGACUUUUACGGCGCCUUCUUCCAGGACGGCGCUGUGUACAUGUGUAUCGAGUACAUGGACGGAGGGUCUAUAGACAAGCUGUACGCUGGCGGCGUGCCGGAGAACAUUCUGCGCAAGAUCACGUAUGCUACUGUCAUGGGUCUCAAAUGCCUAAAGGAUGAACACAACAUCAUUCAUCGCGACGUAAAACCCACCAAUAUUCUGGCCAACACGCGCGGCCAGAUCAAGAUCUGCGACUUUGGUGUCAGUGGCAACCUCGUGGCCAGCAUAGCCAAAACGAACAUUGGUUGUCAGAGUUACAUGGCUCCCGAGCGCAUUUCUGGGGGUGGCAUGUCGGCGAGCGGAAACGCCGACGGGACAUAUAGCGUGCAAAGUGAUGUCUGGAGUCUGGGCCUGUCCAUCAUUGAGUGUGCCACGGGACAGUACCCGUACCCGCCCGAGGUGUCCUCGACCAUCUUCAGCCAGCUAAGCGUGGGCAUAUCCUCCUCCUCACCUCGUUCUGCUGCUAACAAAUCCAAGGACUUUGUCAAGGCCUGUCUGCACAAGGUUCCUAAGCAACGGCCCACGUACGCCAUGCUCUUGAAGCACCCUUGGCUCAAGGAGUUCAGUAAGCCCGAGACCAUUGUCGAGGAGGCAGAAGAGGGGGACGAGGCAGAAGAAGCAGCUCAGGCCGUGAGCAAGUUGAACAUGGGCUCUGGAACAGAAGACGAGGAAAUCGCCAUGUGGGUGAAGAGCAUCCUCACUGCGCAGGGGGACGGUCAGCAGGCGGCCUUGUCUGAGCGGCCAGCCUUGCAUGCUGCGCCGCUUGAUACCGUCAGCCCGAUGGCCAGCCCCCAGAUAGGUGCUGGGCCUGGCGAGGCUUAA